AUGCGUUUUCUUCUCCUUUCUGCUCUCGUUGCCACGGCCGCGUCCGCGAGUCUUGACGCCUUCGCACUUCGCGACGGUGUCGAUGAUUCCCUGCCGACAGUCGUGCUUGACGCAGCAACCUUCGUCGGCACAUCGGGGGGGACGGUGGUGAAGUAUCUCGGCAUCCCGUUUGCAGAACCUCCGAUCGGUGAUCUUCGCCUCCGUGCCCCUCGGUCCAUCUCUGGAUAUACGGGGACGGUCAACGCCACGGCUUUUGGGAAUCGGUGCUUCCAGCAAACAUUCCCGAAUCUCACGCUCCCCGAGAAUGUGCCAUCGGCUGUCAGCCAACUCUUGAACCAGACCCGACCGCCAAUUCCUCAAAGCGAAAAUUGUCUCAAUCUAAACGUCAUAGUCCCGGGCAACACCACCACGGGUUCUAAGCUUCCUGUUGCAGUUUGGAUCUAUGGCGGCGGGUUUAUGAUUGGGUCCAACGCUGACUUGCCUGGUGAAAACGUCGUCGCUCGCUCCAUAGAACUUGGACACCCCAUCAUCUAUGUCGCGAUGAACUACAGGCUGUCCGCCUUCGGGUUCCUCGGCGGAAAAGAAGUGAAGGAAGCCGGCGUCGGGAACCUUGGUCUCCUCGAUCAGCUCGAAGCACUCAAGUGGGUGCAGAAGUACAUUUCGGCGUUUGGCGGCGAUCCGGACAAGGUCAUGAUAUGGGGAGAAAGCGCGGGUUCGAUCUCGGUCGCGCAGCACAUGCUCGCGAACAACGGUGACCCACAGGGAUUGUUCCGCGCUGCUUUCUUGGAGUCGAACGUUGCUUCUCCAGUGGGAGAAAUAGAUGUUCCCAUUGCCCAAAGCGCGUACGACACCGUCAUCUAUGAGACCGGGUGUGCGGAUGCCGCAGACACUCUCGCGUGCCUGCGUGAGGUCCCGGCCGCGAUGCUCAAAGCAGCCAUGGAUAUGACACCGACGUUUUUGUCUUUUGACCAAUUGCUCAGCCCGUAUGUCCCGCGCGCGGAUGGCGGGUACGUCGCGCAGCCGCCCCAGCAUCAGCUGCUUUCUGGGGCCAUCGCGAACAUCCCAUUCGUCGCCGGUAACGACAAAGACGAAGGCACCUUGUUUUCGCUCCCUACCCUCUUCAAUGUGACCACCGAAGAGGAGCUCAUCAAUUACCUCCAGACCGAGUACUUCAACCACACCUCGCGCGCGGCUGUCGCCCACGCGGUCGCGCAGUACCCCGCAGACCCGGCCGCUGGCUCUCCGUUCGACACGGGCGCGAACUUCACGUUCUCGCCAGAAUACAAGCGGAUGGCCGCGAUCCAGGGCGACUACUUCUUCCAGGGCCCGCGCCGGCUGUUCAUGCAACAGCUCGCCGGUCGUCAACCGGUGUUCGGCUACUUGAAUGAAGCGGACCAGGUCGAGGGGCUCGGAGCGGAGCACGGUGCGGAGUUGGUGAGCGUGUACUUCGGGGGCGCGUUGGGCGACUACCUCAUCCGCUUCGCUGCGACGCUGGACCCGAACGGCGAUGGCGCUACCACGUGGCCGCAGUACACCACGGAGAACCCUGCGCUGCUCACGCUGUCGGACUCUGAGCCGCAGCUGAGUAUCACGCUGGACUCGUACCGCGCAAAGGGGAUAGCGCUCCUCACUCAGCUCGGCCUAGCUGAUCCUAUGUAA